AUGCUCACCCCCCUCCGUCGCCCACGCUCACUUCCCGAUUGUCGCCGACGCGCACUCCCCUCCGUCACAGACGCGCAUCCCCUCCGUUGCCUAGAGUCACUCCCCUUCAUCGCCACGCUCACUCCCCUCCGUCCCACAUGCUCGCCCAUGCUCACCUUUGAUUCCACACGUCCUCUCCCAUCUCCGCCUCCCCAAAUCUCCGCCUCAUCCCAGCUCCGCCUCACCCCAUCUCCGCCUCUCCCCAUCUCCGCCUCUCCCUAUCUCCGCCUCAACCCAUCUCCGUCUCACCUCAUCUCCCCCUCAUCCCAUCUCCCCCUCACCUCAUCUCCGCCUUACCUCCUGUCUGCCUCAUCCCUUCUCCCCCUCACCUCAUCUCCGCCUCACCUCAUCUCCCCCUCAUCCCAUCUCCCCCUCAUCCCAUCUCCCCCUCACCUCAUCUCCGCCUCACCUCAUCUCCGCCUCACCUCAUCUCCGCCUCACCUCAUCUCCACCUCACCUCAUCUCCGCCUCACCUCGUCUCCGCCUCACCUCACCCGUCGUUCAUCUCUGCCUCAUCCCUUCUCCCCGGACCUCAUCUCCCCCUCAUCCAUCUCCCCCUCACCUCAUCUCCCCCUCACCUCAUCUCCGCCUCACCUCAUCUCCCCAUCAUCCCAUCUCCCCCGCAUCCCUUCUCCCCCUCACCUCAUCUCCCCCACAACUCAUCUCCGCCUCACCUCAUCUCCACCUCAUCCCAUCUCCUCCUCAUCCCAUAUCUGCCUCCCUCUUCCAAACCCAUGCUCUCCCCAUCCCUCCUCUCCCAUGCCUCCACUCCCCAUCCAUCCUGUCCCCAUCCCUCCUCUCCCGACUCCUCCUCUCUCCUUGUGGUGCAACUCAAGACACACGAGCGCCUCCCUCAUCUCUGCUCCCGUAGCCUCUCCCCAUCCCUCCUCUAUCCAUCCCUCCUCUACCCAUCCCUCCUCUACCCAUCCCUCCUCUGCCCAUCCCUCCUCUACCCAUCCCUCCUCUGCCCAUCCCUCCGCUGACCCCACCCCUCCUCUCCCCAUAUCUCCUUUCCCCAUCCCUCCUCUUCUGAUCCCGCCGCUUCCCAUCCCUCCUCUCCCAAUUCCGCCACUCCCAAUUCCUCCUCUCCCAAUCCCUCCCAUCCCACUUCGUCCGCCCCUCAUCCAUCCUGUCCCCCGUUCCUUAUGGUUUUCCCCAGCAAAUGAUGGAGCCCAUUCCCUAAUCCCCAAGCUACAUCCCUUCCCCUUCUCCCCUUCUCUCCUCUGUCCAGCCAUGCAGUGGCAUCACACUUCAACGGCCGCGUUCUCUUGUUACCACCUCUCCCCAUCCCCUUUCCAGCCCAUCCCCUUCUCUCCCCAUCCCCACUUCUCCCCAUCCCCUUCUCUCCCCAUCCCCACUUCUCCCCAUCCCCUUCUCUCCCCAUCCCCUUUCCUCCCCAUCCCCUUCUCUCCCCAUCCCCACUUCUCCCCAUCCCUCUUUCCUCCCCAUCCCCUUCUCUCCCUAUCCCCACUUCUCCACAUUCCCUUCUCUCCCCAGCCAUUUCCAACCCCACCCACAUCCCUUCAACGCCUUCCAAGUGUCGCCCUACCACCCCUCCUCCCUACCUUUGUUGGCCCUCACUUCUCUUUGCCUAUGCCUUUCCCCCCACCCCUCACUUUAUCCCUCUGUGUAGUAACAUCCCCCGUCAUGGUUGACUUCUCCCGUGCCCCUGGGCCAGGAUUAAAUCCCCUCAUCUCCCUCACCCCUCCUCCGCCCCACCCCAUGUCAACAUCACCCCAGCUGUGCUGUGCCUCGCAUUCCCAGCUGUACAUGAAAGGCGACAUGCUGCGUGCACCCUUUGAUGCUGCGUGCCCAUCGCCACUGCUUGCACCGUCACAUUUCAACUGCGACGCAUAUGAGUAG